CGAAAUUUGAAAGACUAGACUUCUUAGCACUUCGAAAGUAGACUUCUUAGCACUUCGAAACACAAAGUUAUUUUGGUAAGCGGGUGCUACCUAGAUUUUGGUAUUUUCGAGACGGAAUUGAUAAAUGUUUUCUACAUAUAGCUAGCUAAUUGCAAAGUGAGCAGCAAAGAUGGUGCUUCACCUUGAUAAAGAGCAUGCACUGUUGGAAUGGGUUAACCACCUGAAUGUGGACCUCCCGGUGCGGAGCAUCAACGAUUUACAGGAUGGCAUUUUGUUGAUGAAGCUCGUCUAUAAACUGAGAAAGGAAGAGCCCGCUAAGUCCUAUUUGGACCAGCAUGUCCAGGAGAGGCUGAAAGUGGUCUCUGACUUCCUGCAAGGUGACUGCAGGUGCAGCACGGAACGGGGAGCUCUCAUCUCCUGGGACAACAUCAGCAAUGGCCUAAACCUGGAGGUGGAGUUAUCCAAGGUGCUUGUGCUCCUGUACUACCAUAGUGUGAUCAACAACCAUGUUGACCUGAACCAACUGGAAUACAAGUUUGAGGUUGAGCUUGCCUCCAUGCUCCGCUUUGUAUUGGACAAUGAGAAUAGCCUCUACUUGAGUGAGAACUUGGAGAAAUAUCUAAGGAAGAAGCCCCUGUUUAGUUUCAACAGUGACAUCUCCAGUACCUCCUCAUCCUCCUUGUUCAACGACGAGUCCCCAGUCUUCCAUCGCAGAAAGAAGAUUGGUUCAGUUCAGUUUCUGGACCUACAAACUGUUGCGUCCUCGUCUGUCAGUUCUCCCCUGCAGGAUGUGAUGAACACUCCUCAGUUCCAGCUGAAGAAGCUGCAGAGGCAGCUGCGUCAGGAGAGAGACAUGAGGGAUGAGCUGGAGAAAGACCUGACCACCAGCGCCACCACCCUCACCCAGAGAGAGAGUCAGAUCUGUCAGCUGCAGCACCGUAUUGAGAAGCUGCUGAGGGAGCAAGCUGAGCAGGAGCAGGAGCCCCGGGAUGAGCUACAAGAACUGCACAGCAAGAACGAGGGGCUGCGGACCCGUCUCCAUGAGGUGCUGAAGGAGUGCCAAGCGUUAAAGACCAACUCAUCUCAGAUGGAGCGGAAGGUGGAUAGCCUGACAGAGGAGAAUGGUACCCUUUCUGCCCAGAUGCGUGAAGUGAUUGCUCGGUUGGCGAGUGCUGAGGCUGAGGUGGACAGGCUGACUGAGGCUCAGGACUCUGCUCAGGGGGAGUGGAGCAGCAGACACUGCCACCUUCAGGCUGAACUCAACCAGGCCACUGCUCAGAAGGAGUGUCUGAGUGAACAGAUGCUGAUCCUGCAGAGCAAGAUCUCCUCUCUAGAGGACGAGCUGAGUAAAGCCAAAAUGCAGGAAAAAGGAGAGGUUAUGGGCCCUAUCUUGGAGUGGGAGCAGCUGAAACAGGAGCUGGCUGAUGCCACCCUCAGGCACGCAGAGUGUGAGUGCACCAUCGCUCGUCUGAAGGGGGAGAAGGAGCAGGCUGCCACCCUGCAUGCCCAGGAGAGGGCCUCGCUACAGGCAGAGAGCCAGAGACUGCAGGUCCUGGUGACUGAGCUCCAGGAAGCCCUGAGUGCUCUGCGCGCUGACAGAGAGGCUCUGGAGUUGGCCUCCAAGGAGGAGAGGGAGUCCCUGACUGCCCAGCUCCACACCCUGACUGCUGAGGUGGCCAGCCUUACCCAGACUGUACAACAAAGGGAGCAGGAGGUGAAGGCGCUGGGGGAGGAGGUGCAGCAGGAGUGCAUGCAGAGAGGGGAGCUGAACCUGGCUAUGGAGCGGCAGGAGAGGGAGGCCAGAGAGGAGAUCCAGGAGCUGACCAGCCACGUGGACACCAUGGGUGCCUCUCUGAGGAAGGCUGAGGAGGAGGUGCAGGUCAGGGAGAAGCAGCUUACCAGGCAGCAGCAGGAGAGCGCUCUACAGAGGGAGGUCUUACAGGAGGAGAUGGCUGCAUCUGAGAAAGCGUUAAAAGAGCUGAAGGAGCAGGAAGAGGCCGUUAGAGAGGAGGCCACUCGACUGCACCAGGAGAUAACUACACAUGCUACGGACCUCUGCAGCCUGAGGCAGGAGCACACUGCUCUGCAGGAGCAAUUGGCUAGGCAGCAAGAGGAGAUCUCCCUAGAAAAGGAGGCACAGUCCGCAGCCCACAGGGAGAAGGAAGCGGUGAAGGAGGAGCUCUCUCAACUCCAGGAUGAGGUGAGGAGCCUGGGGGAACAGAUGGCCCAGCUGGAGGAGGCUCAGAGGGAGAAGGAGCGUCUCCUCCUCCAGUCCACAGAGAACAUAGAGACCCUCCAGACAGAGAGAGCCGCUGCCUCGUCCCUCGCUGAAGCCAAAGACCUGGAGCUCAGCAGCCUGAGAGAGGAGGUGAGGGCCAGGGAGGAGCAGCUAGCCAUGCAACAAGAGGAGUACCGCUUACAGCAGGAGGAGCUACAGGAGGAGCUUGCAGCUCAGGAGAAUGAAAUCAGUAACAUGAGAGAGCGGCUCGCUGGCCUGAUGGACCAGAUCUCUCUGCUGAAGGAGGUGUGUCAGGAGGGCAAAAACAUGGAGGCCCUGAGAGAAGAGCACACUGCCCAGUUGGAGCAGCUGCGGCUAGUGAAGGAGCAGGUCGAAGAGGUCCAGGAGAGGAAUGAGGAGACCUCGGCAGCUCUCAGGGAGAAGGAGUCGUCUCUCGGGGAGAAGGAGGAGAGCCUCCGGAGGCUGGAGGAGGAGCUACAGUCCACCACCUCUCUGGCCUCCCAGAGACGACAGGAAGAACUGACCUCACUCAAGGAGGAAGUCAUCUCGCUGCAGGAGGAGGUGGAGAGGAGGCGUGCAGCGGAGGCCCUGGCAGUUGAGGAGGCGAGGGAGGUGGCUAGGGAACAGGAGUCUAAACGUAUGGAACUGGAGGAGAGCGUGUCAGCCCUACAGCAGCAGCUGGACUCAGCCAUCCAGGACAAUGAUAUGAAGAGACAGAAGUGUGAGAGGCUGGAGCAGGACCUGGAGCAGAGAGGAACACGGGUGGAAGAGCUGAGGCAGCAGGAGGAUGGCGCCAGACUGGAGGCCACUCGACUCCRCCAGGAGAUCUCUACACAUCUCAGCCAUCUGGAGGUAGUGCAGAGGGGGAAGGAGGAGCUAGCCAGGCAGCAGGAGGAGCUGAGAGGGGAGGUGUCCCUCCAUCAGCAGAGAGCUUCAGUGCUCCAGCAGAGCCUGGAGGAGCAGGAGRUCGCUAUGAGAGUGUUAAAGGAGCAGACGGAGAGCACCAGAGAGGAGGCCACUGUGAAGAUGGAGGCCCUACAGGCUCAGCUGGAGGUAGUGUCRUCUCUGGCCRCAGCUAAAGACCUGCAGCUCAGCACUCUGMGAGAGGAGGCCACUGCCUUACAGGAACAACUAGCUAAGAGGGAGCAGGAGAUCUCCCUUCAGAAGGAGGUGCUGCAGGAGGCCCAAGGGGAGAAGGAGUCAGUGGAGGCACUGAGAGAGGAGCUSGCCAGGCAACAGGAGGAGCUGAGAGAGGAGCUARUCCUCCAGCAGCAGAGRGCUCAGUCCUUAGAACAGAGCCUGGAGGAGCAGCAGGAGGCCCUGAAAGAGCUGACMGUGAAGGAGGAGMGAGCCAGAGAGGAGGCCACUCAACUCCGCCAGGAGAUCUCCACACAUCUCAGCCGUCUGGAGGAGGUGCAGAGGGGGAAGGAGGAGCUGAGGGAGCAGGAGGGAAAAGCAAGAGAGGAGUCAACUGUGAAAAUGGAGGCCCUACAGGCUCAGCUGGAGGUAGUGUCGUCUCUGGCCGCAGCUAAAGACCUGCAGCUCAGCACUCUGMGAGAGGAGGCCWCUCUACUCUGCCAGGAGAACACCAAACGGGCAGYUGAUCUAAAGGACGUGCAGUGGGAGAAGAUUCGUAUGGAGAGCCUGUUGAACGAGGAGCACAGAGCCUUACAGGAGGAACUGGCCAAGGAGCAGGAGGAGCUGAGGGGACAGGUGUCCCUCCACCAGCAGAGAGCUGCAGAGCUCCAGCAGAGCCUGGAGAAGAAGCAGGAGGCCCUUAGAGAGCUGAAGGAGCAGCUUGUCCAGCAGCAGGAGGACAGCUCCCUACAGAAGGACUUGCAGGAGGCCCAGGCUGCAGCCCUCCAGGAGGAGGUGGUAGACGCUCUGAGAAGGGAGAUGACCCUCCACCAGCAGAGAGCUUCAGUGCUCCAGCAGAGCCUGGAGGAGCAGGAGGUCGCUAUCAGAGAGCAGGAGGAGAAGAGCACAGAGGAGGCUACUCUGAAGAUGGAGGCCCUCCGAGCAGCUAAAGACCUGCAGCUCAGCACUCUGACAGAGAAGGCCACUACCUUACAGGAGCAGCUAGCUAAGAGGGAGCAGGAGAUCUCCCUUCAGACGGAGGCGCUGCAGGAGGCCCACAUGGAGAAGGAGUCAGUGGAGGCACUGAGAGAGGAGCUGGCCAGGCAACAGGGAGGAGCUGAGAGAGAAGACAGGAGGCUACACAACUCCGCCAGGAGAUCUACCACACAUGUCAGCCACCUGGAGGAGGUGAAGAGCGAGGGCCCCCUGAGAGAGGAGCACACUGCCUUACAGGAGCAGCUGGCCAAGCAGCAGGAGGAAAACUCCCUACAGAAGGAACUGCUGCAGGAGGUGCAGGCCACAGUCCUCCAGGAGAGGGAGGCYAAGGAGGCACUGAGAGGGGAGGUGUCCCUCCACCAGCAGAGAUCUGCAGAGCUCCUGCAGAGCCUGGAAGAGCAGAAGGUUGCUAUGAGGGAGGAUCUAGUCAGGCAGAAGGAGGAAGGGCAGGCAGCAGGCCAGGUGGAGAAGGAGGCUCUGUUAACCCGGGCGCUCCAGGCAGAGCAGAACCAGAGCGAGCUGGAAGGGAGCAUGGCUGAGCUGCGAGCCCAGGCAGAGAGCAGAGAAAGUGGCCAGAGACAACAGCUGGAUGCCCUGCUCCUGGACAAGGAGAGGCUGACUGAGGGUAACCAGGUCCUGGAGAUKAAAUGUAGCGCCGCCCAGAGGCUGGAGGCUGUACUGCAGGAGGAACUGGCCCUGCUGACAGAACAGAUGGAGGGAACAGAGUUGGAGAAACAGGUCAGAGAUCUACGGGAACAACUUGCUGCCAACACUGAGGUAGUAGAACACUACAAAACACAGGUUGAGAAGGCCAAGAGCCACUACUCGGGGAAGAAGCAGCAGCUUGUGGAGUCUCAGGAGCAGGUGACGGAGCUGCAGCGCAGCCUAGAGGUCAGAGAGCAUGAGGUCAACGCCGUUACCACAGAGAUGAAGCUGCUGCAGAAGGAGCUGGAGAAGACCAGGAGCAAAGAGAAGAGCCUCAGCUCCAAGGUCAACACUCUGGAAGCACAGCUUGCGUUUGCUGACCGUCACCUCCGGGAGCAGAGCCAGGUUCGACCUGAGGGGGGACCAGGCAGGAUUGAGAAGAUGAGAGGGGGUAGAGAGAGUGUCUAUCUGAAAGUCCCCCAGAGCCAGACUCACCAGGAGACCAGCGGCGACAGCCUGGACCUGAGCCUGGACGACUCCCUCAACACUACCACGAGGCCGUUGAGGCCUGACGAGUCCAGUACUCCCCUGGUGCGUAGCUCGGAGCGUGUAGCUGCUAAACGGCGUGCUCUGGGAGGGGAUUCACUGGAGACCCUCUACUUCACCCCCAUGAAUAACCGUCAGAUCAGCAGGAGCAGCACUGAGCGCCGGCUAGAGGGCAGCAUCACAUCUCUGGGAGAGCUGGCUCUGGACUCAGCCAGGAAGAGACCACCCACCUCCUCAGCUAGACGCCGACGGACCACCCAGGUCAUCAACAUCACCAUGAGCAAGAAGACCCCUGGUCGCGGAGGAGGGGAUAGUGACAACGAGACGUUCUACAGCUUGGCCUCGGUCCGCUCCCAUCCCAACAUCACCGGAAGAACACACACCGCACGACCUGUCUCCAUGGAGAUCUUCCACACACCCGGAGAACCUGCCGUUGCCUUGAGCGAUCAGCUCCUCAGUCUCCCUGGAUACCGCCGAAGCACCGUCCACGUUGCAGCUCCACAGAGUACGGGCCAGUUCUGUGUGGGGGCAGAGAAUGAGCCUGAACAUGCUGCUGAUGACUGGCUACGCAUCGCUGAGCUGCAGGCCAGAAACCAGUCCUGUCUGCCUCACCUAAAGAGCAGCUAUCCUCUGGAGUCCAGGCCCAGCCUGGGACCGUCCUUUGAGUUCACCGACGAUGACCUGCGCAUGGGCGACCCCACGGAGACUAUCCGUAGAGCCUCUGUGAUGCCCGGACAGAUUCAGGAGUCUCUGUCAUCCCACCGGCUCUCACUCCACCCGGGACCGGCCGACAGCACCACGGCCACCAGGCCAGCCUACGGCUCUCACCGCCUCUCACUGAUGCCCCCCAAACCUAAAGCCAGCAGCACCCUGAACAACCAGAACACACACAACCUCAGGGGGAGCAACCUGUCACUCAAACGCUCAGCCAAAGAUCAGGAACCAGACACACCUGAGGCUAAGCGGAUGGCAACCAGCUGUUUCCCGCGCCCUCUUACCCCUAAAGGAGGUCGUUUCAGCUCAUCCAACAACCGUCAGCCUCUUAGCCCUGCUGAGCGGAGACAGUCCAUGGUGUUCUCCAUUGACAACACGCCUCGUAAGGCAGCCUCCAAGAGCGGCUUCCUACAGAGAGGCAUGAGUAAGAUUCGCAGCUCCACGCGUAAAUCCCCAGGGAACAAAAGCUCCCGUGUCCCGCGGUCCGGAGAUGGGAAGUCUCCCCGCAGUGGAGCCGGGAGUGUGAAGUCCCCUCAGCCGGGAGGGAAGGCACAGAGGAAGUCCCCACGGACCAACAGCAUCAAGUCUCCAGUGAACCCCACCAGCACACGCAAGGAACCUGAGGUGUUGGUUGGAAAGCCCAUUCAUCUGAGCAGAUGAACUUCAGGAGGAAGAUGUGAACGAACAUCUGAUCACUCUAAACACGUUUUCUUUUACAUAAUCUACCAAGAAUAAUCAUUCAAUUGUUUUAUGUGCAAUAACUACAAGUAUACUUUCACCAGAGGUUAUAUUAUAUUUACUUAGAACGUAGUGCUAAUUUGGGUUUUAAUAAUUGGGUUUCUUUUGAGAUUUAAAAUCUCAAUGGGUUUAUUUGACCUCCUAAUGAUGUAAUUGUAUUAGUUAAGCCCUGUUCAAUGGGGUGGUGAGGUAUCCAAUACUGUUAUAGGUCACCUACUGUACGUGUAUACCUGGUACACUGAAUCAUCAUGAUGCAUCACGCUUUGACUUUAUUUAAUCUCAUCUUCUUUGGCUUUUUAAAGUCUCCCCCCCCUUUUAGCUUUAAAACCUUUUUGUAUCAUAUUUACAUGAAUUGUCUUUCAAAUAAAAAGUAUUAAACAAUCUGUAAAAUAUUUUUUAAGGUGAUAUUUUGUGAAGGGAAUUCAACGUUUUACAUUAUGGCAGUGUGAUUUUAAUCCCCAAAAAAGGUCUGGAUUUAAUGCUCAGAAAUUCCAUAGAGAAUGAUUUCAAUUCUCUGAAAAUACUACACGGUCAUUAAUUUGUGAGUAGGGUAUUCUAACUGUAUUCGACUGUAUAGUUUGGGAUUAUUUUCAAAGGCGUUUGAUUAAAUUCUGUCCAGAAAGUCAA